UCAACCACAGCAACCACCCUUCCUUUUUCAGCAUUCCAAGAAAAAAAAACUGUUGGUGACACAUUAUCAUUUCCCGCCUAUAAACUGUCCUUACAGUUAGAGUUGUAGUAGACCUUCACUCACUAAUAUCCUACCCCUUCUACAAAUUCAUCAUCAUGGAGGAUUCAAGAAUUCUCGAAGCUCAUGAUCUUUCUGAUAAUGGCGGCGAAGGGUUCUCGUGGGGUUUUGAACCCGAAUGUGAUGUUGAAUCACAAAGGUUGUUCCAUGUGCUGAAAUGUUCUAUGCUCAAAUUGGCUCUGGAUGGGGCUGACAAGGUGUUCAAGGAUCAUAGAACACUGAAUAGUAACAUAUCUGUACUUCAAUGUCGGGCUAGAUUUGCUGGUGAUCAUGGAGGAGAAAGGUGGUCUAGUCUGGAUUCAACCCAAGUAUUUGAAGAAAAUGCUGUUGAAGAAAGAAGAGAUGGAGCUAUAAGUCCCCCUUCGGAGGGAAACAAACCUGCUAACUCUUUGUUACAUCAUCAUUCGAGCAAAGAUUGUGUUAAUGUAUCACGAGUGGUAAAUUCUUCUUAAAGGAACUAUGAUCCAUUUCAUUUGAACAUUUUGGCCUUCAUUAUGGUAUUGCUGAUAAAAACUAUAGGAUUUCAAGUUAGCCUAGUGGUCAAAUUUUUCACUUUCCCAAUUUGGUUAUUCUAUUUUUCCUUCAUGCUCUUGCUAUGUCCAUUUCAAACUCUGAGGCACAUUAGAGGGUACUUGAUGACAAUGCUGUUGAGAUUGUGGAGUGCUACAUUUACCAAUUUUACUUCAGCUGUAUGUGGGGGAUUUAAAACCCAAAAUUCGCUUGCAGUGAAAGUAGGAUUCGCCUUGUUCAGGUCAAUCCAUGUGUGUUGCAUGCUUUUGGGGAUUCUGGCAUCUGGAUUUGUGCUAAGUGGGUUUGUGAUGAAACACCUGGUUGAGAAGCCUAUUAAGACCAUAGAGACCCUCAACUUUGAUUACACCAAGACAAGUCCAGUAGCUUUGGUGCCACUCAUGUCUUCUAGUGUUGGUGUUAUACCUUAUGGUCACAAAUUGCGGAUGAUUGUUUCGUUGACUGUGCCUGACUCGGAAUACAAUCACAGACUUGGUGUCUUUCAGAUUCACAGUUCAACAAUAUAACAUGCUGGACAUGGACAACAAAAUACAACCCCAAACUUGAAAUGAUGUGUUUGACUGGCCAUUUGUUUCUGCUUGAAGGUAAGAGUAGAGUUCUUGUCAGCUAAUGGUGAUGUCACUGCUAGUUCGAGCCAUCCAUGCAUGCUGCAAUUCAAAAGCCGACCAAUUCAAUACAUUCAGACCUUUCUGAGAAGUACUCCUCUUAUUGCUGGUUUACAAUCAGAAACCCAAGUUCUGAACAUCAAAAUCAAUGAACACGCUGAAGGACUUGAGCCAACUACCCGCUUGAAGGUGAUACUGGAACAAAGAGCAGAAUUCCACCAUGGUGAAGGCAUACCUCAAAGUUACGCUGGAUCUUUACUCCUUGAAUCUGAGCUUCCCCAAUUGAAAAGAUUUGUGUGGUGUUGGAGGAGAACAAUAUUCGUGUGGACAAGCAUUGGGUCAUUUUUGGCAGAGUUGGUGUUCAUCCUAGUCUUUUUUAGACCUAUGCUUGUCCCAAGAGGGAGACCAGAAAUGAGUAGUGGAAACACUAGACGCUCAAAUAUCAUCUUCAGACAUAAAAGCAGAUAAGGGCGUCGAAGGACCGUGAGGGGAUAGGUGUCGCAUAUUGAUCGAAUAAGAUCCAAGUCUGACAGCAGAGCUAAAUAAAGAGUUGAAAAUGAUUGCCAUGAAAAUGCAGAUAUGAAUAAAGAGUUGCUGAUCCCGUCCUGUUUCAUAUCCCAGUUCAUCUUAUUUUCAUCUAUCCUUUCCAUUAGGAAAAGAUGGAGACUAUGACUCUAAUUGUACUUGGAUGAUUGGAAGA